GGUGCGGGUGCUGAGCACUUGCAUGUCUCUGUGUGUGAGCAACAGCUCUUCUGCCCUCUGUCCCUCACAGCCACAGGUCAUUUCUCUGAGCUGCCUGGGACAGCCCUGUGCUGUUGGCACCAGCCUGACUUCAGGAGGGACAGGUUUGUGGAUGUGCUGCACUCUCUGCUUGGGCUGGGGUGCAGUGACAAGGCUCAGAGCUGUGCCUGCUGCUGCACUCACCCCACAACGGACCUGCUGAAGGAUUCCUACCUCUGCACAGAGCAAUAAUCAUGACCCAGCUGCAGUUUAAAGAUGCUUUUUGGUGCAAGGAGUUCACCUUCCACACUGGCUACGAGGUGCUCGUACAGCGGCUGCUGGAGGGGAAGAAGAUGUGCAAAGAUGUGGAGGAUUUGCUCAAGCAGAGAGCACAAGCAGAAGAGAGAUAUGGGAAAGAGCUGGUUCAAAUCGCCCGAAAAGCAGGAGGACAAACAGAAAUCAACACACUGAAGGCAGCGUUUGAGAUGCUCAAGCAACAAAUUGAAAGUGUUGGAAACUCUCAUAUCCAGCUGGCAGUAAUGCUGAAGGAAGAACUGAAAGGAAUAGAGGAGUUCCGAGAAAGGCAGAAGGAGCAAAGAAAAAAGUACGAGUCUGCAAUGGAGAGGAUGCAAAAGAGCAAACUGUCCCAUUAUAAGAAAACCAUGGAGUCCAAGAAGACCUACGAGCAGAAGUGCCGGGAGGCGGAUGAGGCUGAGCAGUCCUUGGAACGCACCAGCGCCUCAGGCAACCAAAAACAGACAGAAAAGAGCCAGAACAAAGCCAAGCAAUGCAGAGAUGCAGCAAAUGAAGCAGAGAACGUGUACAAACAGAACAUCGAGCAGCUGGAUAAGGUCAGGACAGAGUGGGAACAGGAACAUAUCAAAACCUGCGAGGUGUUCCAGCUCCAGGAGUGCGACCGCAUCACCAUCCUGCGGAACUCGCUGUGGGUGCACUGCAACCAGCUGUCCCUGCAGUGUGUGAAGGAUGAUGAGCUGUACGAAGAGGUUCGGGUCAGCUUGGAGAACUGUGCUGUAGAGUCAGACAUUGACUACUUCAUUAAGACAAAAAUGACAGGAACACAACCUCCAGGUAAUUAUUCCCCCGGCCCCAGCCAGUCCUGCGGCAUGAUGAAGAGAUUCUCUGGACUGCUUCAUGGGAGCAGCAAAAACAACACGGAAACUGCCACUCCUUCAGCCCCUCCUCUGGAGGGAACAGACGGAGUCUAUGCAUCCCUUUUAAUAAAUGAAAAACCUGGGACAUCACAGGACUACAGAGUGCUUUAUGACUACACAGCCCAGAACGUGGAUGAACUGGACAUCAGUGAAGGAGACAUUGUAGUUGUGAUUGCAGAAAAUGAGGACGGCUGGUGGACAGCAGAAAGGAACGGGCAGCGAGGCUUCGUGCCAGGCUCUUAUCUUGAAAAGCUUUGAUGAAAUGAAGCCCCAGUCCUCAGACUUUACAAAUAUUCUAUUACUGAAAAGAAUCAGCACACAAGGUCUGCUUCAGCUGACCAAGGGCAUCCCAAUAAUAAUGUUUUCUACAACUACCAGUCAGGAAAUUACCAACUGACCAUGCUUUUCUCUCCCUUGCUCCUGCCUCAUCCCAUUAUUCUCCUGGCCUCCGCUAUCUGAAAAAGACAUCUUCACUCCUGAGGGAUUAGGACUUGCAUGUUUUGGCACAGUCCUACCCUCAGCACACUGUGCUGCCAGCAGCGUUUCCUGGCAGGAAAAUCCUGCCCAGAU